AUGCAGGGCAACGAAUCCCCUUCGACUCAUGGCGAGGAUUACCAAUGCCCCAUAGCGCCUUUCCCUCACGCGCAGGUUUCUAAGGUGGUCGCCCACGCUUUGAAUCCGGCAAGUUCUUUUGAAAAACUGAUAAUGGCGCUUCCUAAACUCGACAUGCAUUUCCACCUCAAUGGAAGCAUCUCGCCCGUCAUUUUGGCGCACUUCAAGCGUCUUCGCGCGGAGUCGAUAAAUGGGGUGAAAUCAAACGGCGCGAUGAAUGAUAAUCACGAGGCCCCUCUUUCGUGGGGAAAUCGCACAACUCAAUCGCCGAACGCGUUCCCUUCCUUGCCGAAUUCAGCGUCUUUUCCCUCCCCCUCGAUUCCAAUACCGGGGGUUGGGCUCACUGAGGAUACGCGGAGUUGCACGAGUCCAAAGGAUCGGAUGUUAACCUGCUUUAAGAUGUUCGAUGAGGUGUAUAAAGUGAUGACAAACCUCGCUUUCACGCGAAUGGCCGUACAGGAUAUGCUUUGGCAUUGCGCGGCGGAGAAUGUCAUGGUGCUGGAGAUUCGCACGUCGCUGCGGGAUCACAUGCAAUGGGGGAUUUUUCCCGAAGAUCCUGAAGAGAUUCGAACCGAAACGGCGACGCAUCCAUCGCGUGAGGCGAGCAAAGAAGACUAUCUGCGCACGAUUAUCGAAACGGUGGAGCAUAUCCUCGAUGGGGGGGUGGUCGACCUCCACACCGGUGAGCUUCGCCACGAUCGCCGCCAUCCCCCCUCCUCUCCUCGCGCGGAUCGGCGGUGGUGGGGGGCCUUUGAGGCGCUUUACGGCGGGCUCGUCUACACCCCAGUCCGGGAAUCCUCGACGGUGAACCCCGAAAACGACACCGACGAGGCCGCUUCGACGGCGCGUCUUUUCCAGCACCUUCGGGAUCAUCUUCGAGGGCGCAUGCAUGUGCGGUUGUUGGUUUCGAUGAAUCGGGGGUCGCCGGUGGAAGGGGCGUGGGAGGCCCUCCGCCUCGCCGCGGGGUUGCAGCGGGAGCAGCUCCGCCACCUCCACCGCUGGCUGCGGGGUUGGGUGACGGAAGGUAGGGAGAGGGGGCAUCCCGCCGCCCUUUUCGACGCGGCCGACGGCGCCCCCCCUUUUCUUCUCUCCCGCGCGAUCACGCGGCGGCUACGCCGGACGUGUUGGAUCACCGGGUUGGAUUUCGCCGGGAAUUGCUACCGCGGCGCGUUUGGCGAUUUCCAACCCGCCCUCCUCGCCGCGCGGGCGGGAAGGCAUGGCCUGACGCCGCCCCCGCCCGAACGGAUCCUGCGCGGGAUGCUCGGGAUCACCCUGCAUGGGGGGGAACGGCCGGAUCCGAUCGAGCUCGCGGCGAUGAUCGCCUAUCAUCCCGAUCGCUGGGGGCAUUUGGUGUUUACCGAUCCCGACGCCCGUCGUCGGAUUCUCACCGCGCACGAUCCGAUUGAGCUAUGCCUCACGAGCAACCUCAUCACCUCCGGACAUACCGCGAUCGGGCAGCAUCACCUCGCCACCGUGAUGGCGUCCGCGCGGGAAAUGGGAUGGAAACCCACCCCGACGGAGGGGAAUCCCGUCGCGAGGAAACACCCCACCCUCGUGGAAGGGUUGCUCGAUCCGACGAGCUACCUCGCCGCGCACAGGCGGCGAGGCCAACGUCGGGUUGAACGCUAUCGAACUCGAAAUCUCGAGGCGGGGGGGUCGCGGAAUCGGGAAGCCGCGGAACCCCCCACCCCGAUCGUGGGGAUUCCCAACAUCUCCAUCCACACCGACGACCGUGGGAUUUUCGAGAUUACCCUCACGCAGGAGUUGUUGAACCUCCUCCGGCAUCCGGAUGUCUUGGACGACCCCACGACGCCCGACGCGCGUUUGGUGGAGGCCAUCUGGCGAUUCGAACGGCUCGCGAUCGCGCACGUGUUUGAGCUGCCGUGGGCGAUUCUUCCCCUGCUACUCGCGGCGCGCGUGAGCGCUUUGGGGGGGGAAAUUCCAGGAAACGAGGCGCUUUGGCGUGAAUCGGGGGUUCCCCCCGAAGCGAGCGGCGUCGAAGCCGAACAAGCGAUAUCUCAAGUCGUAUCCCGCCAACUGUCGGAGGUGGAAAACUGGUCUGAACUAAUGGAAAGCUGGAGUAAAUUUGAGGAGUACAUUAUCCUCCAGCAAGAGUCCGCGAGUAAGGGGGCGGGAAACCCUUUGGGGGAGCUUUGGAGUCGUAUGGAAUGGGCAUGGCUAACGCGGUGUUUUGACGAAUUUUAUGCAACGGAUAAUACCUUGGAUGGCGAAUGA